AUGUUGGUCUUUUGUGAUAUUCCAUCUCCCCGUGGUUUGUGGAUAAAAUACAAGGAACAUCUUUGUGAAGACCUAAUUUCCUCAUCUGUGAAUAUAAUUGAUGCUGAAAAUAAGUGUCUCCAUAUGAUAAGUGAUGUACUUGAAUCUUUGGGGAAAAAUAUCAAUGACUUUGCGUUAGUUUCUUAUUAUAUUGGCCUUACAAAACAACAAAGAAUACACAAAGAAAUACAAGCAGAAAAGAAUUUGUUGCCAAAUGAAGCUGAUUUACUUGCUAUUACGAAGUUGAAUCAAAGUCAACGAGCAGCCUUUGACACUAUAAUUGCGCGGGUUUACUCAAGUUCUGGAGGAGUAUUCUUUGUUGAUGGCCCUGGGGGAACUGGCAAAACGUUUCUAUACAAGUGCCUUUUGGCUAAAGUGAGAUCAAACCAUGACAUUGCACUUGCAACUGCAACAUCUGGUGUAGCUGCAUCUCUUUUACCAGGAGGCCGAACAGCUCAUUCUCGAUUUAAAAUACCAAUUAAUGGAGAUGAUAAAUUUGUAUGCAAUAUCGGGAAACAAAGUGCCGAAGCCGCACUUCUUAGAGAGUGCAAGUUGAUUCUAUGGGACGAAGCAACAAUGGCAAAUCGUAGAGACAUAGAAAAUGUUGAAACAACUUUGAGAGAUAUCACAAAUUGUGACAAAAUCUUUGGUGGCAAAGUUGUAGUCUUUGGAGGUGAUUUUCGCCAGACGUUACCUGUAAUAAGAUCGGGAAGCAAAAGGGAUUUCAUAGAAGCAAGUUUGGUAAAAUCCAGGAAAAUUUGUUGUGAUCCUUAUCCACUCAUGAAGAGAGGUAUAUUGACACCAAAGAAUGAAUAUGUGGAUGAAAUUAACAACACCUUAAUUGCUAGAUUUCCUGGAGAGGAAAAAUAUUAUGUCAGUUAUGAUGAGUUGUUGGAUUCUACUUCCCCCCAUGAUUUUGCUGACUUCUUGCAUACUAUCUCGGUACCUGGUCUACCUCCUCACAAGUUGAUCCUAAAAAAGAAUUGCCCUGUAAUGUUGCUGAGGAAUAUUAAUCCUGCAGAAGGACUAUGUAAUGGUACACGGUUAAUAUGCGAUGACUUUCGUGAUCAUGUUAUACGUUGUGUCAUUGCUUCUGGGGAACACUUCGGUAAACAUGUUUUCAUACCAAGGAUCCCACUUGAAGCCUCAAAGGAUGAAAAAUGCUCAAUCCCAUUUAAACGCCACCAGUUCCCAAUCAAAGUGUGUUUUGCAAUGACAAUAAAUAAGGCACAUGGGCAAACAUUUGAUUUUGUAGGGAUUUAUUUGAGACAACCAGUAUUUUCUCACGGUCAAUUAUAUGUAGCCUUAUCAAGAGCCAAAAAAGCAGAUUGUGUAAAGAUGUUAAUUUGCAAUAAUCAUCGGGAUACAAGUUCUACAAAUGUCACCGAUAACAUUGUUUAUGAAGAAAUUCUGACUGAAGCCUGUCUGCCAAACAAUUUAUCCUACUAG